GCAGCAUCCCCCGCCUCGGGCCGUGGCCGCCCCGGAGCCAGGCGGAGGGAAGGGGCGGCCGCCCCCCGCGCCCGCCGCAGCCAUGGAGGGGGGCGUGCAGCUGCUGAACCGCGACGGGCACAGCAGCAUCUCGCACAACUCCAAGCGCCACUACCACGACGCCUUCGUGUGCAUGAACCGCAUGCGGCAGCGCGGGCUGCUCUGCGACAUCGUCCUGCACGUGGCCACCAAGGAGAUCAAGGCCCACAAGGUGGUGCUGGCGUCGUGCAGCCCCUACUUCCACGCCAUGUUCACAAAUGAGAUGAGCGAGAGCCGCCAGACCCACGUGACGCUGCACGACAUCGACCCGCAGGCGCUGGAGCAGCUGGUGCAGUACGCCUACACGGCCGAGAUCGUGGUGGGAGAGGGCAACGUGCAGACCCUUCUCCCUGCUGCCAGCCUGCUUCAGCUCAACGGCGUGCGGGACGCUUGCUGCAAGUUCCUGCUCAGCCAGCUCGACCCCUCCAACUGCCUGGGCAUCCGGGGCUUUGCUGACACCCACUCCUGCAGCGACCUCCUCAAGUCUGCCCACAAGUACGUCCUCCAGCACUUCGUGGAGGUGGCCAAGACAGAGGAGUUCAUGCUGCUGCCCCUCAAACAGGUGCUGGACCUCAUUUCCAGCGACAGCCUCAACGUGCCCUCGGAGGAGGAGGUGUACAGGGCCGUGCUCAGCUGGGUCAAACACGACGUGGACAGCAGGAGACAGCACGUGCCCAGGCUCAUGAAGUGCGUGCGGCUGCCGCUGCUGAGCCGCGAUUUCCUCAUGAGCAACGUGGACACGGAGCUGCUGGUGCGGCACCACUCGGAGUGCAAGGACCUGCUCAUCGAGGCCCUCAAGUACCACCUGAUGCCCGAGCAGAGAGGGGUCCUGGGCAACAGCCGCACGCGGCCGCGGCGCUGCGAGGGGGCCAGCACCGUGCUCUUCGCCGUGGGUGGAGGGAGCCUGUUUGCCAUCCACGGCGACUGCGAGGCGUACGACACGCGCACGGACCGCUGGCACAUGGUGGCCUCCAUGUCCACGCGCAGGGCCCGCGUGGGCGUCGCGGCCAUCGGCAACAAGCUCUACGCCGUGGGCGGCUACGAUGGGACCUCUGACCUGGCCACAGUGGAGUCCUACGACCCCGUCACCAACUGCUGGCAGCCCGAGGUGUCCAUGGGCACCAGGAGGAGCUGCCUGGGCGUGGCAGCCCUUCACGGGCUCCUCUACGCUGCUGGGGGGUACGAUGGGGCCUCGUGCCUCAACAGCGCCGAGAGGUACGACCCCCUGACGGGCACCUGGACCUCCAUCGCUGCCAUGAGCACCCGCAGGCGCUACGUGCGCGUGGCCACGCUAGAAGGCAACCUCUAUGCAGUCGGGGGCUACGACAGCUCGUCGCACUUAGCCACGGUGGAGAAGUACGAGCCCCAGAUCAACACCUGGAGCCCCAUUGCCAACAUGCUGAGCCGCCGGAGCAGCGCGGGCGUGGCCGUGCUCGAGGGGAUGCUCUACGUGGCCGGUGGCAACGAUGGCACCAGCUGCCUUAACUCCGUGGAGCGCUACAACCCCAAAUCCAACACCUGGGAGAGCGUGGCCCCCAUGAACAUCCGCAGGAGCACCCACGACCUGGUGGCCAUGGACGGGUGGCUUUACGCCGUGGGGGGCAACGACGGCAGCUCCAGCCUGAACUCCAUCGAGAAGUACAACCCCCGCACCAACAAGUGGGUGGCGGCCUCCUGCAUGUUCACGCGCCGCAGCAGCGUCGGGGUGGCCGUGCUGGAGCUCCUCAACUUCCCCCCGCCCUCCUCGCCCACGCUCUCGGUGUCCUCCACCAGCCUUUGACGCCCGGCCCGGCCG